AUGCAAUCCUGCAGCACUAUCCCAAUCAUGCCAAAACAAACCCGACAUUCAAUGCCUCGACAAACCACACCAUCCGCUCCCUACAGCACCUCCAUGCGGAACAGCCAGCGAAAUGCAGCUAUCUGGAGCUCGACAGAUGAUGAGAUACUACUACAAGCAAGGGCAUCCGGUCUGAACUGGCAGCCGAUAGCUAGCCGACACUUCCCUAACAAGACAGCCAAUGCUUGUAGGAAACGUCAUGAACGGCUCAUCGAACGGAGACAUGUAGAUGAUUGGGAUACUCACAAGCUUGAGCUCCUGGCACAAGAAUACAUGGCAUGUCGACGAGAGAUGUGGGAAGUGCUGGCUUCGAGAUUGGGGGAGCGCUGGGCAGUGGUGGAAGCAAAGUGCAUGGAGAAGGGUCUCAGAACACUUCAGACGGCAUCGCGUACCGCCCAAAGGAAGGCCACGGCAGACUCUCAGUCCUUUGAAGAUGCAGGUACUUCAGACCAUCACAGCGAUUCUGGCAUUGGCCUGGGGUCCGACGCUGAGACAGAGGUAGGCGUUCCCGCUGGAUCAUACCACAAGCCCUCCUCGUCCUGGCCGCAAGACACAGCCCAUCAGCCGCACACGGAGCACGUACGAUCACGAAGCCUGCCUCAACUGCUACCACUAUAUCAACCGCCGCCCCCAAUCAUCCAGCGUCGCACGUUUGAGGGCAGAGCCAUUACCAUAAGUCCACAGGAUGCUUCCUUCCAGGGCGCGCUAGCACACAGCGUUCCUCACCCGAGAGUCAGAAUGGCCGAGGAGGGAUCAGCAUACAGUCGAUCGUUUCCAAUUGAGGGACAGGAGGGUCAUGGUGAUGAUGGCGUUUGUUGUUGA